UAUUUAUUGUGUUUUUUUCAAUAUGUCUGCGCCCUUUAGCUCGAUAUCAACAAAGCUAAGCUAGCAUGUAAAUUGUGAAGUUAACAUGUGAAUAUUUAUGAAUCGAUAGAUAUGGCAGAUUUGAAGGAACAAGUGUUUCAAAGCAACACGGGAAGUGACAAGCCGUCAAAGAAAGCCACAUCCAAGGAUGGUAACGAACCAGGUUCUGGGAUUCGGCAUGCGAAAACUACUUCGCUGUUUCGAGUUGUCAACUUUGAAUUAUAUGCAAGACCAAACGCUCUCACCAUGAUACUGGGUGCCAGUUUAUUCCUUAGUGCCGUUGGUUACAUAACAUAUAUGAGAUAUAGAGACACCAAGGAUAAUCAGAAGAUGUACAAUGCCAUGGAUGAAGAGGGCCAUUUGGUUCGACGAGAGCGGACAUCAAAGUGGGAUUAGUAUUACUGUUAAACAGAUACCUAUUGAAGCAUGUGAUGAUUACUUAUAGUCUUUAAACUUGGAAUUGUAAAUAAUUCUGCUUCUGUAAAAAUGAUGAUAUUAAUUUGACUUUUCAAGUCUAAAGUGUGAGUGCAGGAGUAACAGCAACCUUGUACAAGAAGAUUUCUACUUCCUGCACACCUCCCUGAUCAUGAGCACAUGGACAGUAAACAAAUCUUUACACUUAAAUGUUAGAAUUCAUAGUAGGUUUGAAGUUGUUUCUCAAAAGUUACAUCAACAAAGAUUGAAGAUCUCGAAAAGUGUACAUACAAUUAUUUAUGCAUUGGAUUAUCAUAUAACUGUUUGUAUUGCUUGUCAAGCAUCAACUCGAAGUAAAAUUUAGUUGGCCUUAACUUAUGUCUUUGGUGUUCACUUGUGUCUAUGCAUCCUCAAUACUACAAGGGUUACGCUCACUUUUUCUCUCUACACUCCUGGAAUAUGUCAUAGAAAAAUUGAAGGCACAGGGCAAGCUAUUUGAUCUGCAUUGGUUAACAUCUUGACUUAUUGCUGGGCUGAUACCUGUCCUUUGAAAAAUACAGAGGCAGAAAUUACACCAGACUUCAAAUUAAGGAUGUACACCUCUGAGAAGUCAAACAA